UUGACUGAAAAAGAGGAAUUGAUAAUCAAAGAAAUGACGGAUCGGAUAGCUGAGAAGGUUUUGAGAAUGCGUCUUCCUUUGAAUGUUUAUUUUAAGGACUUUGACAUGGUGAUGGACAUGAUUAAUAUUAGGGAAUUUUACAAUCCUGUUUGAUGACGCAGUCCAGAUUUGAUCGGAGUCUUGAAAACUUUGGACUUGCAGUAAAUCAAAUAGAAAGGAAUCUACUUUACAAAAAAUAUAAAGAUGAUGUCAGUGGCUGGAUUCAUUACAGAAAUUUUUUGAUUGAUGUGGAUAAAUGUUUUAGCAUUUCUAAUAAAAAUAGCUUACAACAAUCUCACUGAAAAAAUUCAAAAUCUUGAACAAACAAAAAGUUCCCAAUGUCAGCAAAAAGAGGAAAUUGUUGAUUUCGAAUCACUUCUAAAAAGAAUGAAAAUGAAUGUUAAUAAACGACAAAUUCGGAUCAAAGACUUUUUUCAAGAAUUUGACGAACUCAGACAUGGAGUUGUCACUAGAGAGCAAUUUCGCAGACUUUUGUCACAACUGGGGUUCAGUAAACUGGGAGCAAUGGACAUAUCCGAUAAGGAAUUCAACUGUCUUUAUGAAAAAUACGCAGCCAGUGACAGCCGUUUUAUAUGUUGGACUAAAUUUGAAAAUGACAUGAAUUUUGAUAGUCGUCUAGAAUCAAACGGUAUAGAGACCAAUGAAGAUGGCAACGAAAAGGAUCUUGAUUCUCAAAAAAUACCGUUUUGUAAUAUCGGGAACAAUUAUGAUUAUCGUAUGUUGAUUGACACAUUUGAAAAACUUAAUAAAGAUGUCAGACAAAGGGGAUUAAACGUCAGAUUUGUUUUCCAAGAUUUUGAUAGACUAAAUAGUGGAUACAUAACUCGAGGACAGUUUGGUCGUUGUUUAUCACUACUGGAUAUCAAAGUCUCCCAAUGUGAACAGAAUUUGCUAGAAAUUGCAUUAUGCAAUUCCAAAGGAUUUAAUUACAACGAAUUCUUGUCAAGAAUUGAACCGAUAGUUCACCCAAAAUAUAUGUACCCGGAACUCUUAGAAGCUAAAAAUGCUACCAACAAGGAAAAAUGUAAUGAAAACUACGCACCUUCGAGUCUAAAAGAUACGAUUUCAGAAAUCCGUCUUUUGGUCGAUUUUUUAAGAAUAAGAAACUAG